AUGGUCAGCAAGAAGGCUUCGUCUAGAGCCGUGUCGAAGGUCUCAUCUACCGCUACCCCUUCAGCAGCCUCUGCGACGGUCACCGUGAAGAAAUCAUCUAUCAUUCGGUCGGCUUUCUCCCCCUCCGAAUACCAAUUGGCGCUCUUUGCGUCUGUCAUUCAGGGUCUAGAUGCGCAUCACCUGCGGAUACAUAGCACCACUUCAGGCCGGCUUCAAUGCGAACAUGCAGUCAAUCCCAAGGAGUCAAUUACCUCUUUGGACUGGGGAUAUUAUGGUGAUGCUCAGCGCGGGGACAGGGAUCAGCAUAUGAAGAAGAAGCGCAAGCGGAGCUCGGGCGUCAAUGGCGCUGCUGGAGCUGAUGCCGGAGAUGUUGUCGUUGCGUUUGGAACGAGCACGUCUGAGAUUAGGAUGUAUUGCCCCGCAGAGGACAAGAUCACCGGUAUCCUGCAGGGUGGACACGAGAGAGGGAUCAGAGAUUUCAAGUUCACGCUCAAGAAACCUGCGGUUGAAGGAUGGAGUAUUGGUGGUGACGGGAAGCUGGUGCAGUGGGAUUUGCGCAAGGGACAUGUCAUACGAGUAAUUUCUCUUCCGUCGACCUCUGUUUCUGCUUUGGCUAGACCUGUGCCUGCCAACCCACCAGUGCUAUGCGCAUCGCAAACGCCGUACCUAAUAGAUCUAGAAAACGAAGCAACCGAUGCUGAACCAUCGUUUAGCUCCAUGAAAGACGCCGUCCAUUCUCUCAUUUCCUCUAGCACCGACUACACCGACCUAUCCGGCCCGUUCCUAGCAUCUGAUUCCGACCGCUACAUCAACGUCUUCAACCCACAGAACAAGAAACUACUCGGCUCACUAGUAGCCGAUAAAGAAAUCGAUCUAGUCUCUCUAUACCCCGGUUCUCACAAGGGGAGCACAAAGACGGCCGACCCAAGCCAGAGACAACAGCUUGCGGUCGUCACUCGUGACGGCGCAAUUGAGAUCUUCUCCAACCCUUUCCACAGAUUCAGCGACUCCUCGUCCAGCAACGCCAAUGCUAGUCUCAAAUCACUACGCAAGUCAAUGACCCGUCGACCAGACGCUAUCAUCAAGCUAGUCAAGCCUGAUAAAUCACGAGCUCGCGUCCCGGUCGUAUCUGUGUCCUUUGAUGGCGCUGACCUGGUUGUCGUUUGGGUCGAGGGAGGAAUAGACCUUGUCUUCGACAGGAUACCGUGGCAGAACGAGACAACGCAAGAGUUGAUGUACACUGGUGAAACGGAGUUGGUUCGCGGCAAGUCCUCUUCUAACAUUGGAAAUGCUAUGAUGAACGGUGUCAAGAACCUAGGCAAGAGCCAUGUCGAUGAGAGCCAGGCUAUCGUCGGACAAGGCGGAUUUGCAGAAGGCAUCGACGCAACGGAGGACAGUAAUGUGGCCAUUGCCGACUCUGAUGAAGACGAAGAAUCGGACGAGGAACUAGACGAUGCAGAGCCCACCUCCAAAGCCUUGACAACAGCCAACGAAGACAUCGAAAUGGCAGAUCACACUGACGCCGAUGACGCCGCAGAGCCUUCGUUCGGUGAACUGCUGGCCUCCGCUCCCCAGACCAUCGACGUCUCCGCUGACUUGAUGGAUAAAUCCUCCCUUCUCCAAUCCAAAGCCCUCCCCGCCCAAUCUCUCCAACUCCCCACCGGCCUCUCCCUCUCUACCGUUCUCUCCCAAUCCCUCAAAACAAACGACACUUCACUGCUCGAGUCUUGCUUCCACACUACUGAUAUGGCUAUUGUAAAGGCAACAAUCCAGCGCCUCGACUCAUCCCUUGCCGCCACCUUACUGCAGAAACUAGCUGAGCGCCUCUCCACGCGUCCAGGCAGAUACGGCCACCUGCUCAUGUGGGUGCAAUGGACAUGCAUUGCACAUGGUGGUUCGAUCGCAGCCAACCCAGAGGUAUUCAAGAAGGUCAGCUCACUGUUUAAAGUCAUGGAACAGCGAGCAGCAAGUCUACCUUCUCUCCUACUCUUGAAGGGAAAGCUAGAUAUGCUUGAUGCCCAGCUUGCAUUGAGGCAGAGUCUUCAAGUACACGAUGGCCGUACCAAUGACGACGAUGUUGAAGAUCGAGUCAUUUACGUUGAAGGCCAGGAAGACAUCGUCGAGGAUGAAGACGAUGAUAACGCUGAAAUGAAAACGAUCCGUAACCAGACCGACCUACUAGACGAUAACAUGUUUGCUGAUAAGGACGGAGACGAAGAUAUGCCCAUGACCAACGGCGUAGAGUACGAUGAGGAAGGAGAAGAUGACGAUGAAGCAGAAGAUGAUGAGGAAGAAUUAAUCGAUGACGAGGCAGAGGUUUCUGGCGACGACGAUGAGGAUGACGAUGAGGAGGAUAGCGACGAGGAACCAAAUUACGAAGAGGAAGCAAGCCUGUUAGAGUUCCUUGCUAAUUCGGACGAGGAGGAAUCAGACAUAUCUGAUGCCCCUGCUACGAAGCCGAAGAGGAAGUAA